AUGCGAGCAAGACAGAAGAAAUCCUACUGGAAGUCUGGAACUAAACAAGGUGUUCGUUCUAAACUUGUUGGGAUGGGAGGAGGUGCUGCUGUUGAGAUGAAUUUGCAACAGGCUAUGCAGCCCAAAUCUUCUGCUAAUGGUUUUGGUCGUCGGAGAGCUGAAAGGGAUUGGGGGACAAGGUUUGAGAAUAAGGUGCAAUCUGGAAAAUCACACACCAAUAGAUCGAGUAAUGCAGGUGGGUUUCCCUGGCCUGAAGUACUUGUCACUCUAGAUUAUACAUCCUGUUCUAACAAAAUUGAUAUAGGUGCAAUGGGCAAAGUUGGAGUUUACGAGAGUCCUUCGCGUGAUCGGCUAGUAUAUUUAACAACUUGUCUCAUUGGGCAUCCUGUGGAAGUCCAGCUGAAAAAUGGAUCCAUAUACUCUGGAACAUGUCACACAAUAAAUUUUGAAAAGGAAUUUUCAAUAAUUUUGAAAAUGGCUCGUGUGAUAAAGGAAAAGGACGUUUCUGUCCAAGGCCAAAAGGCAGAGUUUGUCAGCAAGGCCCCAUCAAAGACUUUGAUUUUACCUGGAAAAGAAGUUGUACAAGUUAUUGCAAAGGAUAUAUCUGUUACCAUAGAUGGGAUGUCCAAUGAGCUUCAACAUGCAAAGGAGCAAGAAAUUAUGAUUGACUCCUUUAUAUCACAAUCACGACUUGUUGAAAUGGGGAGAGAGCUUGAACCUUGGAUCCCUGAUGAAGACAAUCCACAAUGCCCUGAAUUAGAAAACAUAUUUGAUGGCCCUUGGAAUAGCUUACAUACGCUGAUGGAUGUCUUUGGGAAUUGUGUGGACAUAUUCUCUGUUGCCCCUGCUUCUUAUGUAUGGGGAUGGGAUCAAUUUGAAACAAAUGAAAUGCUCUUUGGAGUAAAAAGCACCUUUGACGAGGAACUUUAUACAACAAAGCUGGAGAGGGGUCCUCAGAUGAAAGAUUUAGAAAAGGAAGCUGGGAGGAUAGCAAGAGAGAUCGAGGGUGAGGAAACACGAGACCUUCACUUAGCAGAGGAAAGAGGCAUCCAUCUUCAUGAAAGUUUUGAUAUCGAUGAGGAGACCCGAUUCUCUUCAGUCUAUAGAGGAGGAGCCAUUGAUGAUGGUGGAUGUGAAGAACUUGAUCAUACGGUGAUAAAUUCUCAUGAUAGUGAAACUUUUGGAGGGCCUUCUUCCUGUUCCAUUAAGAAGUCUGCUGAUUUGACCCAAGCAAAAAGCAAUGAUGGGACUCGAGUCUUAUCAAGCUCUUCCUUGGAUGAGGCACAAUGUUCUCAAUCAAGCACUUGCGCAGAUCUGCUUCAUCCAGGAUCUCAUGAUCAUGCUGCACAGCUUCCAUCAGAACCCCCUACGAGAAGUUUCUCCACUUCCGACAGUGAAAGCAGGUUCCAAGACGAUCAGCAUCGUGAACAUGGAGCAGUUGCUGACAUUAAGGAGCUCGUAGAAGAGCAGAUGCUCACUGAGGAUGCUCAAUUAUCAAAAGGUGAGAAUCUCAAGCCAAUGGACAGCAAGAAAAAGGAAUCUGAUAAAGGGAGACUAUCCCCUAAUAUCACUGCUUAUGCCCCUUCAUCCCAUGUUGUUCCAAAAAAUCACGAAAAGACUAGUUCCCCUGGCCAACUGUUAGAGGUUGUGGCAUCUGUCAAAGGAGCUGGAGAAACGCUGCCAGUAAACUCUCGUGGACGACCUGGUAGUUCUACAUCAUCAAAUUCAGAUUGUGCUGGUGCCUUGGCAGCUUCUAGUGGUCCUGGUUUAUCUCCAAGCUCAUCAAUUGGUUCAUUGUCUUCUGAAAAGUCAACAUUAAAUCCCCAUGCCAAGGAAUUUAAACUUAAUCCCAAUGCCAAGAGUUUCACCCCUUCUCAAACGCCUGCUAGGCCCACUUCCCCAAUGUCAGAUGGUUCCUUCUAUUUCCAACCUAAUGUUUCUGCUGUACCACAUAUGCAUGGAAUGCCUGUGGGAAUUGGACUUGGACCUUCAUUCAAUGGGCAACAGCCUGUUAUAUUUAACCAGCAGCUGGCAACAUUGCAAACUCCGCAAGCAUAUUUGCAUCCAGGUGGACCUCAGUUCGAUAUUAUGGGAAAAAAAGAUUUGAAAUUACCUGGGAAAACUUCUAACCCUGACUUACCGACAUGCCGUUUGGUCCCUAGAAAACCUCGAAGAUGUCGUUCAAAACUUUUCCGCAGUAAGCAAUGA